AUGGCAACCAAGCACGCUGAACCUGUCACCAUUCUUAGCCUCCGGAAAUUGAGCCUGGGAUCCCCAGAGCCUCAGCCAAAAGAGCAAAAGACGUUCACCGUGGAAGAUGCCGUGGAGACCAUCGGAUUUGGACGGUUCCACAUUGCCCUGUUUCUGAUCAUGGGGAGCACGGGGGUUGUCGAGGCGAUGGAGAUCAUGUUAAUAGCUGUUGUGUCUCCUGUCAUCCGCUGUGAGUGGCAGCUGGAGAACUGGCAGGUGGCACUGGUGACCACGAUGGUGUUUUUUGGUUACAUGGUAUUCAGCAUCAUCUUUGGCCUCCUGGCAGACCGAUACGGGCGCAGGAAGAUUUUGUUCAUCUCGUUCCUGUGGGGAGCCUACUUCUCCUUGCUGACCUCUUUCUCUCCCUCGUACAUCUGGUUUGUCUUCCUGCGGACGAUGGUGGGCUGCGGCGUGUCCGGCCAUUCGCAAGGGCUAAUCAUAAAGACUGAAUUUUUACCCACAAAAUAUCGAGGCUAUAUGUUACCCUUGUCUCAGGUUUUCUGGCUUGCUGGCUCCCUGCUCAUCAUCGGCAUGGCCUCUGUGGUCAUCCCCACCAUCGGGUGGCGCUGGCUCAUCCGUAUUGCCUCCAUUCCUGGCAUCAUCCUCAUCAUGGCCUUCAAGUUCAUUCCUGAAUCUGCCCGCUUCAACGUCUCCACCGGAAACACGCAGGCUGCCCUGGCCACGCUUUUUUGGAGCCGCUCGGUCAUGCCCGAGGGGAAGCUGGUGGAGCCCAUCCUGGAGAAGAGGGGAAGAUUUGCGGACCUGUUGGAUGCUAAGUAUUUGCGGACCACAUUACAGAUCUGGCUCAUCUGGCUGGGAAUCUCUUUUGCCUACUAUGGAGUUAUCCUGGCCAGUGCUGAGCUGCUGGAGCGGGACUUGGUCUGUGGUUCGAAGUCUGAGUCUGAGGUGGUGGUAACUGUGGGGGGCUCAGAGGAGAGCCAGAGCCCCUGCCACUGUCACAUGUUUGCUCCCUCCGACUACAAGACUAUGAUCAUUAGCACCCUUGGCGAAAUUGCUCUGAACCCUGUGAACAUCCUGGGCAUCAACCUCCUGGGAAGACGGCUGAGUCUUUCCAUCACCAUGGGAUGCACAGCCCUAUUCUUCCUGCUCCUCAAUAUUUGCACAUCGAGUGCCGGCCUGAUUGGCUUCCUCUUCAUGCUGAGGGCUCUGGUGGCAGCCAACUUUAACACCAUCUACAUUUACACCGCUGAGGUCUACCCUACCACGAUGCGCGCCUUGGGGAUGGGAACCAGCGGCUCCCUGUGUCGCAUUGGUGCGAUGGUGGCACCAUUUAUAUCCCAGGUUCUUAUGAGCGCGUCGUUCCUGGGGGCCCUGUGUCUCUUCUCAUCGGUCUGUGUCGUAUGCGCCAUUUCUGCAUUUACUCUCCCCAUCGAGACCAAAGGACGGGCCCUGCAGGUUAGUGACGCAGGAAAUUCAUCUUUUCAGCCCCCACUUUUGACCAUUCAAAUAACGUGGUACACGGGCAUUCUUCCUUCAAGCUGA